ACACUUGAAUAUUUUAUUGCAAGCAGCUUUGGUGCCCCCUCAACGUCAAAGUGUUCCACAUCGAUCAAUUAAUCUCAAUACAACGCAUCAGAAUCCAACCUUGCCAUCAUCAUCAUCAUCAUCAUCAUGGAAAAACCAUUUAGUCACAUGUCACCCGCAAGCUCCACUGGACAUGGAUCCAUGUAUGCCAUCAUCAUCACAAGCUCCAAAUAAUGCUGCUCCACCCCCUCAUAUUCUACCUUGCGGAACAGGCUUGAUAGGCCCAUCGUCAUUACCAGAAAUAGAUAUUAAUGAGGAGGCGCCUGGGACGAGUCAUCUGAACACAGGCAACAACUUUGAAGAGAAUAGAAAUUUGAAAAGAAAACUAGAACUACUCUAUAGAAAAGAAGCUGAUGUAAGGGAUGAGUUAAAAUUUGCUGCAUCUCUAUCCCUAAAGAAGUUGAGAAUGGAAGUUGCGAAUUGGUUGGUGAAUGUGGAGAAGCUUAAAAAUGAUUCUCCUGAAUUAGCGAGCAAGGAUUGUUUGCCACCACAUCAACAGGUGGAUAGACUAAUGCAUGAAGCAGAAGACCUUAUGAGACAAGGCAAAGGACUAUUUGAGGCGAGAGAGACCAAAGCCACUAAAUUGUUGGAAGAUAAGAUGGUGGGAGAGGCAUUUCAGAGAAAUACUACAAAGAUUUUGGAGUUGCUAGUAGGGAAUCAAAUAUCCCGACUAGGCAUUUAUGGAAUGGGGGGGUGUUGGUAAAACAACUAUUAUGCUACACAUAUAUAAUAGACUCCUCGAAGAAGCAACCUAUGGCAACAUGUUAUGGAUCACUGCGUCACAGGAUUUCAAAACGCAAAGGCUACAAGACGCCAUUGGGAAGGAACUAGGUUUGGGCAUACUACAAGAAGAGGAUGUGAGGAAACGAGCAGCAAUGUUGUAUGAUUGUUUAACGAAAAGAGGCAAAUCUACAAUAAUCCUCGAUGAUGUGUGGGAACGGUUUGAUCUUAAAGAGGUGGGAAUCCCAGAUGGAAUUAAGUUGGUCUUAACCACUCGAUCCUUCGAGGUAUGCCGCCAGAUGCAAUGUCAAGAAAUGAUAAAAGUAGAACCUCUAUCUCAUACAGAAGCUGAGAGUUUAUUUUUGGAGGAGCUUGGAUCCGAAGUGGCCCUUGAUUCAAAAAC